AUGUCCAACCGUCUCUCCAAGAUCUUCGGUGGCAAGAAGGCGCCCGUCUCCGUCUUCAUCACCAGCGCGACUGGUCUUGUCGGCGCUUCGGUCGUCCAGCUCAUCUACAAGGACCCGAAGUACAACGUCACGGCUCUCGUCCGUAGCGAGGAGAAGGCAGCUAAGCUCGAGAAGCUCGGCGUCAACACCGUCGUUGGCUCGCUCGACAAUGCUGAGCUCAUGACCGCUCUCGCGUCCCAGUCCGACGUCGUCAUCCAGAUUGCUGACAUCUUCAACCUUCCUGGAACGGAGGCUCUCCUCAAGGGUGCCAAGCACCGCUUCGAGAAGACUGGCAAGAAGCCCAUCUACAUCCACACUUGCGGUACUGGUAUCUGGGCCGACCUCGGUUCGAACGGUGCUGCGCCUUCGGACAAGAUCACCAAGGACACCGACGCCGACCUCGUCGAGAACUACAACGGCCUGCCCCACAAGGGCCCCGCCGAGGCCAUCGUCGCCGCCGGCAAGGAGGGCUACGCCCGCACCUUCACCGUCUACCCGCCCACCGUCUGGGGUAUCCCCAAGGGCCCGAUCUUCGACGCCCACCUCGCGCACACUUCCUCCAUCCAGCUCCCGCUUUCCAUCAAGACCUCUCUCGGCCGUGGCCAGGGUGGUGUUGUCGGUGAGGGCAAGAACGUCUGGAACCACGCCCACGUUGAUGAUGUCGCCAACUUCUACAAGGUCCUCCUCGCCAAGGCCGUCUCUGACGAGUCGACGCCCUCUGGCCCCAAGAACGGCCACUACAUCAUCGAGGCCGGCGAGUACAACUACCUCGAGCUCGCCAAGACCUACACCAAGCUCCUCCACGCCGCUGGCAAGUCGGAGUCCGCUGAGCCCAACCAGUUCACCGCGCCCGAGUUCGAGGCCAUCGGCUUCCUCUUCAUCCUCGGCACCAACGCACGCACCCAGGGUGUCCGCGCUCGCCAGCUCGGCUGGUCGCCGAAGUACACGACGAAGGACUUCUACGCCGGCGUCAAGGCUGAGGUCGACGGCGCUGUCUCCGGCACCUUCGCAGGCGUCCCCUACUAA